CUGGAGCCUAUCCCAGCUGUCUUUGGGCGAGAGGCGGGGUACACCCUGGACCACUCACAUUCAUACCUAUGGACAAUUUGGAGUCCUUUUAAGGAGUUUUUAAUAUUCAUAUUGUCUGCUGUGUGUGUGCGCUUCCAGAUGUCACACGUUGGACCUCCGAGUCGCUCUUACUCUGGACUUCGCCGUCUCUGCCAGCUCUGUCACCCCCCUGACUUCCGUCACGGCCUGUCAACCCCCCUCUUCGCCGUCCCGCUUCCAGGUCUGGAUGCCUCAGGGUUGCACACCAUGACGUGACACGUUACCCCCCCACCCCUGGAGGAAUAAAAAGAGAGGAUCAGAUGGAUGAGACAUAGAACAUGGAUGGAUGUCAUUCCGAAAUGACCUUUUAACAUAAUGUGUCACGUCUCCACCAAACAUUUUCACCGUGAUUGACAGAUGAAGCGACCAUAGGGCGGAUCCACGGUGCUCCAAAGAGCCCUAUGAGAGCAUGAGGAAGACGGGCUUUAAGAGCGCCCAGUUCCCUCGGUGGGUCCCUCCGCCCGCUUUUAUAGGCCGGUUUGAAUGCUUGUUGUGGUCGGAAGAGGGCGGAGUGUCAUCCGGAGCGAGAAGCUCCCAGCUUGGCUCGGUGCCUGCAGAAAAUAUAUAAAUAUAACAAUAACCGCCUCCUCCUUUCCUCCUGGUUGGGGAUUCAGUCUGCAGGCUUGGAGGACGCCCGCCGCAGACAUCCUCCGUCCUCCACACACCAAGAAGCUCCAUGAGGGAUCGGUGAAUGAGGACAAUCGAGGACAGCGAAAGGAGUUUCCUUGUGGUUCACAAAAGGCUUGGUAGAUCCCACAAGUGGCCGAGGUAUGGUUUAGCAGCGCGGCUGGUUCGAGUCUUUGCCGCACGACCUGCAAACCACCCCCCCUCAUAAACAUCUGCGGACGCGUCCUGGAGGGGAGAUGGCUGUCUUCCGGCUGGCGUUGCUGGUGCACGUUGGCUUCGUGAUCGCUCACGGAGGAAGAGGAGAAGAAGGAGGAGAGGACCGGCUGGUGGUGGUGUACGGAGGCGGCGAGACGCACCGCAGCCACCGGCUGCUGCAUCUCCGCGCGCCGCAGCGACACGCCGGGGAGGCGGCAGAGCCGAGGCCGAGUUCCGCGAUCGACGAGUUCCUCCACACGGGCGACUCCGGCGCUCUGAAGCAGGCCAACUGCUCGCGGAGGUACGAGCUCACCUCGCUGCGGGGAAGGUCACACGAGAGUCCGCAUGGCUCCAUGAGCGGAGUCCUGGAUGCGGUGAUGCAAGCCACCAACUUCCUCAACAUGGUGCUGCAAGCCAACAGGUCCAGGGAGCAGAGUCUCCUCCGAGAUGUUGAGUGGUACCAUGCCCUGGUUAGGAGCAUUUUACUCGGGGAUGCCAAGAUCCACCGGGCUGUCGUCACCUUCAGCACCGAAUCCUCUCAUACUUCCGGGCCUUGGGUGCACCUGCAAGCCACCAGAGUGGGGGCAGAGAUUCUGCUCCAAGACCUCUCUGACGUGGCCCGGCAUCAUCCCCACAACCGUACCGCAGACAACGACUGGUUCCAAGGUGUCAAGAACAGGAAAAAGCCCAACUUCCAUAAGCGGGUGCUGAGCCAAGACAAUUCCCUUCGGAGAGGGGAAACUUUUAUCCCGGACAAGACUCACAUCAAGUGGUCUGUGCCGUACUUGGAGUGUGAAGAUGGGAAUUAUGUCCCCCGUUGGCUUUUGACCUUAUCAGCUGCUUUCUACGGCCUCAGGCCCAACUUGGCACCAGAAUUCCGGGGCGUGGUACGAGUGGACAUUAAUCUCCAGGAUGUUGAUAUCGACCAAUGCUCCACUGAUGGCUGGUUUGCUGGAACCCAUCACUGCAACCUGACCACGAUGGAGUGUUUGCCGAUGCGCGGCCAUGGCUUCGUGCUGGACAAGUUCAAGUGUCACUGCAGGAAAGGCUUCUACCAUCCCAGCCGAGUGGCCGUCAGCGGCUUUACGAGGGAGGGGCUAAAAGGAACGUUACCAGACAGCGGCCCCAACGCGGACGAGGCGUCCUCCAGUGACUGCCUGCCAUGUCAGCCGGGCUGCGCCUUCUGCAAAGACGACACGCCGUGCGUCACGCGGGAAGACGGCGCCCUCCGCAUGGCCGUUCUCUCCUUCCAGUGCCUGUGCAUGCUAGUGGUCUUCGUUAGCAUGGUGCUCGUGUACCACUUCCGCAGGAACAAGAGUAUCAGAGCGUCGGGCCUUGUCCUGCUGGAGGCCAUCUUGUGUGGAGCUCUUCUUCUCUACUUCCCGGUUGGAAUCCUCUAUUUUCAGCCGAGUGUGUUCCGUUGCAUCCUGCUGCGUUGGGUUCGACUGCUGGGCUUCGCCACCGUCUACGGAACGCUCACCCUCAAGCUGUACAGGGUUCUGAAGGUGUUCCUGUCCCGUACGGCACAGAGGAUCCCCUACAUGACCAGCUGGCGAGUUCUCCGCCUGCUGGCCAUCAUCCUGCUCAUCGUCUGCUGGUUCCUGGUGGCCUGGACGUCGGCCGUCUGCCAAAUCGCGGACAGGAAGUCUGCGCUCAUCGACGUGGGCUACACGCCCGACGGGCUGCAGUUCAGCAUGUGCCUGCUGGAUCGCUGGGACUACAUGAUGGCUGUCGCUGAGUUCCUCUUCCUGCUGUGGGCGGUGUACCUAUGCUACGCCGUGAGAACGGUCCCCUCGGCUUUCCACGAGCCUCGCUACAUGGCCAUCGCUGUCCACAACGAGCUUGUGCUGUCUGCAAUUUUCUAUGUCAUCAGGUUCACUCUGGCUCCUGAGCUCCACCCUGAUUGGAUGCUACUGCUGUUCUUCACUCACACCCACUUGACUGUAACGGUCACAUUGGGUCUUCUUCUCAUUCCCAAGUUCCUGUUUGCCGGCACACACAUGCGGGAUGAUAUAGCAUCCGAAGCCUACGAGGACGAGCUGGACAUGGGGCGUUCGGGGUCCUACCUCAACAGCAGCAUCACCUCAGCCUGGAGCGAACACAGUCUUGACCCCGAGGAUAUUCGGGAGGAGUUAAAGAAGCUCUACUCCCAGUUGGAGAUCUACAAGAGGAAGAAGAUGCUGGCCAACAACCCUCACCUCCAGAAGAAGCGAAGCUCCAAGAAAGGUCUCGGUCGUUCCCUCAUGAGACGCAUCACCGAGAUUCCUGAAUCGGUGCAUCGCCAAUGCAGCCGUGAAGAAAAGGACAUCGGGGAACACGGUAGCAACCGAAACAGCAUCUGCAUGCUGAAGAAGAACCCGUUUGAUCAAACGGUGAAGCCCGUUAAGGAGGAGACGUUGAAGAACAAGGUGUUCUCCUUGAAGAAAUCUCACAGCAGCUACGACCACGUACGAGAUCCGAGCGAAGACUCCGGCAACUCCGCCGCAGAUAAAACGGAGGUCACCGUAGCUGAAGGUUCUCUUCUGGACACCUUAAUGGGGAAAAAGCUUGUCAAGAAGAAGUCCAGCGAGAACCUCAACGCUCCGAGCGAGUCCACCGAGUCGGUUCCGCUUGUCUGCAAGUCGGCCAGCGCCCACAACCUCACCGCCGAUAAGAAACCUCUUCAUGCGCGUGCGUCCAUGCUCCAGAAGUCCCUCAGCGUCAUCGCUACCGCUAAAGAGAAGACACUUGGCUUGACGGCGAAGACUCAAAACGCCGACGACGGCAAUAAGAAGUCUCCAAAGAACACAAAAGAAGCGGAGAACGUUGAGCAGAAGCAGAAUGCUCCAGUCAAAGGAAAGGAUCUUUAUGAUCUUUCUGAGGUGUGUCCAUGGGAGGUGGAGGACCUUCCAACACCUUCUGAAAACAAGGUCCAGAAACAUGUCUCCAUCGCUCCCAAGGAGACCACAACCAUCCACGGAGGUAUCACCAAGGUCGGAAAAUCACAGAAACCGAAAGCAUCAGAUCCGUCUACAUCCGCCGUGAGACAGAAGACACCUCGAGAAGAAGUGUGUCCGUGGGAGGACACCAGUCACGUGGAAGCGACCAAACCUCAACCCAAAACAAACCGAGAAGAUGUUUGUCCAUGGGACUUUGGCGAGACCACAGAGACUUGUCCAACCACCAAGCAAAGAAAAGGAACCUCGCCUCUGGAAGUUCAAGGCAGGAACGCUCCAACCGGAAGCUCUCCUUCCAAAUCCGACGUACCACCUAAUCCUGAGAGCCCUCCUCGGGGUUCCAAACUUAGGGAAUCUCCUUCAAAAAAGAGAACACUUGAAAAAGAAAAGGAAACAUCCAAAGACAGCGAGAACGGGAAAAGUCGAACAAAAUCAAAGGAUAAAAAUAAACCUUCCGAAAUUCAGCAGAGAUUAGCCGAGGUUUGUCCGCGGAAUGUUGCGGACAGCCAUCAGGAAGCGGCGACCGUGGAAAAGCGGAAAAGCGCUAAUGUCGGAGCGGUCAAAGCCAAGCAGGCUGAAGUCUGUCCGUGGGACUUUGAGGACACAUCGGAUAAAAAAGACAAAGGGAGGAGGAGCAUUCCCGAUUCCGGAGCCGCUCCAAAGAAGGCUGAUGUUUGUCCGUGGGACUUUGAGGACACAUCAGAUAAAAAAGACAAAGGGAUGAGGAGCAUUCCCAAUCCCGGCGCCGCUCCAAAGAAGGCUGAUGUUUGUCCCUGGGACUUUGAGGAUACAUCAGAUAAAAAAGACAACAUUCCCAAUCCCGGAGCCGCUCCAAAGAAGGCUGAUGUUUGUCCGUGGGACUUUGAGGACACAUCAGAUAAAAAAGACAAAGGGAUGAGGAGCAUUCCCAAUCCCGGAGCCGCUCCAAAGAAGGCUGAUGUUUGUCCCUGGGACUUUGAGGACAAGUCAGAUAAAAAAGACAACAUUCCCAAUCCCGGAGCCGCUCCAAAGAAGGCUGAUGUUUGUCCGUGGGACUUUGAGGACAAGAAGGCGUGACACCUCGCCUUGAAAGGGGACCACUGACGCUCUCGCUGUCCUUGUGUCUUUUUUUUUUUUUUUUUUUUUUGGGAAAACAGGUGACUCGAAUGAAAUUCCGUUCCACAAAGUUGCCUUCCUUUAUGAGGUUUUUUUUUUGGUUGGUUUGGGUCAUUUUUUGACAGAUUUUACAACGAUGAUAAUGAGCAUUCCACUUGACUACAGGGACAUGCCGGGGACAAAUCUUAAGACUAAUUAUGCAACUUUUGAUUCAGCCUCGUCACUCAAUUAGAAGUUACAUUCGGAAAAAAAAACAAAAAAAACAAAAGGACACUGAGGUUGAAACAAAAGCCAAAGAAUACGGCAACAACGAGGGGACAAACUUCUCAGUCUGAAGCACUUUAGCCAACUCCAUUAACAGACCACACUCUCCUCUCCACCUUCUUCUUCUUCUUCUAGGUCCUCAUUUCAUUGUAGUCCUCAAGAGUCAGCGAGGGGAAAGACGUACUGUAUGUGCCUAAGUAAAAGUAAGUAAGCAUUGUCUCGUCUUAUGUCAACAAAUGUCAAUCAUCGUCGCUCGGGUCAUUCAUGAUGUCCGUAUCGGUCGACGACACCAAACCCGCAAAAGAUGCAAAAAUAUAUAUACAGUAGAUCCCCGCAUAUUCAUGUAUCUAUUUACGUUGCUCAACAAAUACAAUGUGGUUUGAUGGUGCUUUCCAACAUUUUACAGCAGGAAGAUGCUUUGCUUUAAUAUGCUUUAAUAAUAGAAUAUUAUUAUUAAUUUUAUAUUCAUUUAUUAUAUUCAUUAAAAUUAUUUUAAAAAAAUUAAAAAUACAAUAAAUUUAUAUUAAUAAUUAAUAUAAUGUUAUUAUGUUAUAAAUAUUAUAUUAUUAUUUAAAUAAUUAAUAAUUAAGUAUAAUAGUAUGUACUAUAUGCCUGAAAUAGUUUUUUUUUUAAUUGUUCAUUUCAUUAAUUUUCUGCCGUGGGGGGUGCUGGAGCCUAUCCCAGCUGUCUUCGGGUUAGAGGCGGGGUACACCCUGGACUGGUCACCAGCCAAUCACAGGGCACAUAUAGACAAACAACCAUUCACACUCACAUUCAUACCUAUGGACAAUUGGGAGUCGCUAAUUAACCUAGCAUGUUUUUAGAAUGUGGGAGGAAACCGGAGUACCCGGAGAAAACCAAUGCAAACUCCACACAGAGAUAGCCGAGGGUGGAAUUGAACUCGGGUCUCCUAGCUGUGUGGCCUGUGCGCAAACCGUGCAGCCCAAAAACUAACAUUCAUUCAUUCAUUUUCUGCUGCUUGUCCUCACGAGGGUCGCGGGGUGUUGCUGGAGCCUAUCCCAGCUGUCUUCAGGUUAGAGGCGGGGUACACCCUGGACUGGUGGCCAGCCAAUCACAGGGCACAUAUAGACAAACAACCAUUCACACUCACAUUCAUACCUAUGGACAAUUUGGAGUCGUCAAUUAACCUGGCAUGUUUUUGGAAUGUGGGAGGAAACCGGAGGGUGGAAUUGAACUCGGGUCUCCUAGCUGUGAGCGCUAACCACUCGUCCACCGUACAGCCUUUUUUUUUUUAUUGUGUGAAAGUGAAUUUAGAAUAAUUUUGCUAACUGUGAGAUGCAUAUUUUAGGAUCCGAAUCUUAUUUUGAGUAGUAAUCAAAGAAUAUUUUCUUAGUGUUACUGUAAAUGUUCAAUUCAGACAUUAAUGCCCGCGUUUAACAACAAAAUACAGCAAAACCUUGGUUAGCGUCAUUAACUCCUUCCAGGAGGUGUGACUCUAACUGAAACAGAUGCUAACCAAAUCAAUUUUUCCCAUAUGAAAUCAUGUAAAUCUGAUUAAUCUGUACCAGAAAGCCAAAAAUGUUAACAAAAUACACAUUUUUAUAGUUUUACAAAUACAAUUUUGCAUACCGAAAUGUAUAUAAAUACAUAUAAAUGAUGAACAAAAAGGGUAAAUUAACAUUUAAGAUUACUUUUACCUUCACUGAAAACGUGAGUGUUCCCAAAGACACAAUGCGGCAGCAACAUCAACACCUUCUUCUGAUUAUUAUUUCUGGAAUUUAGUGUUUCCGACCUCGAACUCAGCAUGGAACCAAAGAAAGUUUCGACAUUUAAAUAAAGAAGGUGAGACACUACUCAAUUCCAGAAAUAACUCAUGAAGAUGGUGUUCAAGUGGAAGAUGUUGAUCUUGCUGGCACAUUGUGUCUUUGGGAACAGUCAACUUAAAUGUUAAUAUAUACCUUUUAUUCUGCAAUUAUAUGCAUUUAGAAUAGUUUUAUUUGUCUUAAACUAUAAUUGGAAAACUAUAAAAAUGUGUUUUGUGUUAACAUUGUUUAGAAUCGACAAAUGAUGACAUAAACGGGCGACAUUUUGUUAGCAAGCUAACAGGAUGUCUUGGAUUAAAAACAGUUGGACUCACACACGCACAUCAUAUUGUACGCUAACCGGAAAUUGUACGCAAUUUGGGUGUACGUUUUUUUUUUUUUUACGCUAAACGGAGAAGGACGCUGAGGACUGCGAUUUCACCGUACUCCAAACUAGCUAAUUUAAAUGUUGCCAAUCUUAUAAAUAAAAAUAACAUAACUCAUUUAUUUUUGUCAAAGUAGCUUUCCUUUUUUGGGCUUGUCCAUUAUUUAUGUUUUUUCACACUUUGAAUAAGCGGGGAUCUACUGUAAAAACUACAAAGUCCACCUAGCUUGUGUUAGCACUAGCCUAGCAACCCUGCUAAUCCGCUAACAGCAAAACCAGAAAUCUUUAUUUCAAUACUACGAAAAAAAAGUAGAAUUAGUAUGAAUUUAAUAACAAUCACCCAUUUUCCUGUAUCCAACAUGUAGCAUAGCUCGCUAGCAUUAUCAGGUUUAGACUUAGCGGCGUCGAUGAAUGAUAUAACUAAACCUUCUGAAGGUUUCGUUUUGUGGUCACGUUUUGUAUCAAAAUGUCGUAACUACUUGUGUCACGCGCUCAGUUCAGUGUAUUCCAAAGCGGAAUAGUCGGAAAAACAAUAACGCAAAAAGCUGGUCCAGUUGACUAUGUCUCGUGUUGGAAUGUCGUCACUGAAUGUCGUCACUGAUUAUCUGUGAUUAUCUGUCGACUUCAUUGUAAUCAACGUCGCAAAAAGAAGGCAGCAAUUCGAUCUAAACGACUUAAUUUUUUUGGGUUAGAAUCCGAGAGAAUCCAGGAAGUAUCCAGUUUUAGUAUUUAAAGGGUCUUAGGAAGCACUGCCAUGUUGAAUUGUACUGCCCUGAUGAUGACUAAUCUAAUUUAACUAAGCUGUAUGUCUGACGAAGAAGUAGCCUUUUUUUUUGUCCGUGUUGGAAAAAUAUCUUUAUUAUUACAUUCCCACGUGAACUGAUUGUAAUUCCGAAUGUUUUAUUUAUUUGCAUGGCAAGAAAUAUUCACAAUAACCACAUCUUCCCGGUGCCGAUACUUUACUUUUUUUUUUUUUAGCAAAAUUAAAUAAAUAUAAAGCCAGUGACAUAGAUAAUUAAAAUUUAUCAAUACAUGUAUUGCUUAUAAAUAAAUAAUAUAAAAAGAUGGAUAGAUACGUAUUGUUCAAAAUGAGAUUUCAUAAUUUAUUCAUAUACAUACAUUGUUACAUUUAAAUUGAUAAUAUUUAAUUGAUAUUUUAUUUUUAUCUAUAAUUAUAUUCAGUAGAUUGUCUUAAAUUUAAUUUUUGGAAGGCCAAAAUUACCAAAAUAAACAUGUGAACUAAUGUAUUAAAUAAUCAAAUUAUUAUUAUUAUUAUUUUAUGUUAAAAAUUACAAUUAAAAAAUAUAUAAAUUUGUCAUAAAAUAUAUAAGCCAGGAGAUAAAUACUUUUUUUUUAUAUAUAAUGUUGAGAUCUCACAAUUUACUUAUUUAAAAUUAUACUUCCCAAUUUGUUGAUUAACUAAUGGACAAUUUCAUACAUGAUGUUAUAUUUUAAUUAAUACUUUGGCUAUGUGAAAUGUAUUAAAUUAUCAAUUUAUUAUAAAUAAUUAUCUAUUAUUUAUGUUUUAAAAAAAUUCAAAAUAUAAUGACACUAUUAAUAAAUUGGUCAUAAAAUAGUUCAAAAUAAUUAUUCAUAUUUUUGUGGCUUUUUAUUUGUUUAAUUUUGGCACACACACAAAAAAAUCCCUCCAUACAAAACAUCUCUUUGGGUCAUGACAGACCAUAAUAAUAAUAACACUGCAACAUUCCGUCUUUACAUCAUGGAAGUAUUCCGAAACACUUGUCAUCCGUCAACCCAUCACACACGCCUCCGUUCUUGACACUCUCUUGUCCACUAAUCAGACCUUAGAACCUGCUGUCAAUCAAACCCUUGCUACUACUACUCCUAUUACUACUACUACUACUACUACUACUAUUACUACUACUACUAUUCAAUGCUGUAACGUCGUAAAUCUUGUGGCUUCUGCAUGAAUUCCAGAAAUUAGUUGGACCGAUGUUUCACUGCCCUCGAUAGAACAAACGAGUAAAAAAAAUAAUAAUAAAGAUGAAAAAAAGAUGUAAAUGGACUGUUACAAGUUGUAUAGUGAGUGAUUGUGUCUCUUUAAGCCACUGUCUUGCUCUAUGACAAAGCUUAUAGCAUCCAUAUAUUUGGUAGAUUUCUAUUGUGUUACAUUGUGAUAGCAUGUACAUAAAAAAGAUACCUCCUCUGCAAUAAAUAUUUCUAUGAAAAGUAUGUUGACUGUAUCCUGACCUCCACUUCUUCAUCAUCAUCCUCCUCCCUUAAAAGCCUCACACGUCACCACCACUUUGGAUUGCCAUGGCCAGCAUCCCGGAAUGCUUUCACUGCUGCUUGUUUUGGCCAGAGACCAAGGAAAGAGGCUAAAUAUUAUGAAAAUGUUCCGAAAAUAACAUUUUUUCUUAUGCUUUCAACGUGAAGGAGUCAGCAGUGCACAGGAAGUAAAUGAUGACGUCAUUGAAAUUGGACUGCUCUGUAAUGUAAAACAUACUGCGAUAAAAAAAUUUUUUUCAUUUUUACGACCUAAUUCAGUAUAACUAAUUAAUAUUAAUACGUAAUAUUAAUAUAAAUUAAUACAUUUUAUAUCGUCGUUUAUGUCAUCUUCAGAAUUACGAAAUGUCCGACUGUAGUAAAUGCAGCAUUAGCUAUGUGUCAGGUUAUGCUGUAUCAUGCUGUCAUGCUAAGUACGACAUUGCUAGGCUAUCCUUGCCUUUUUUGGAGUAAAACCUUCUACUAGGUUCUAUAUGUGGUCAAAAUUAGAAAGAGUAUAGGUUACAUCGUUAAAAUCCAUAAGAAAUAAUAAUGCUUGUUUUGGCCAAAGACCAAUGAAAGAGGCAA